UAAUAUUUUAUACAUGACUUGUCUUUUUAAUUUUUUUCGUAAUUUUUUCAAAUAAGAUGAAUGGUCAAAUAUUGGACACGAAAACCAGGGUUUGUCUUUUUUUUUUGGAACGGAGGGAGUAGUUGGGUAGCAGCUAUAGGAUAUUUCUUCGAUUCAGGCAAAUUAAUGUUUGAAAGUGGACAUUUGGUUCCCUGGACCGGCACACUUGAUUGCCGCUUCCUUUUACGUUCGUGUUGCAGAAUCACUAAGGGUGGGAUUGGAGGGCCUCUUGUUGAUUUGGACGGGAAUGUUUUGGGCAUGAACUUCUAUGAUAAGAAGAUAGGAACCCCUUACUUGCGAUGGCAUGUGAUUACAGCUCUGCUGAAGUUGACUUCGGUAGUUACCCUAGAGGGGCCACUCCCAUGCUACGCAGGAGUAUAUCUACCUGGCUGGAAUGGAGGUGACAAUGCCAACCUAAACAGGGUUUUUGAUCAGACUGCAUGUACUUCAAAAUAUUGUUUCGUGCUUCCCCAAUCUCCACCUGUUGCGCCUGACUGGACAAUCGAAACAGGUAACAGUGUCACGCUAAACAGGUGGCCCGUGCCCCUGCCAUAUUGGCGUCAACCUGACGAUAUGGAGGAGGAAGAACCCCCACGUGGCUUUGAGGACAUGUACACAUACGUGGACGGAGUCAGAUUGUGUAACUUUUAGAAUCAUCAUGUCCUUGUUCUGCUCUGUUGAAUUUCUUCCUCCUUCCGAUGUGUUCGCUGGUGUGACUUGUGCCAUGUCAUUGAAGUUAAUUAUACAACUAUGCCCGCUGUUAGUCCUGUAAUAUUAUUACAUAUGCUGUGUGCACUUGUGUUUUAGACCAUUCAGCUAUAGUGGUGUUGGAACUUGGAAGGUAUAUGAGUAUAUAAGUAGCUUUUGUUAACUUUGGAGUACAUAAAUAGCGUGCCUAUCUUGGAUGUGUUAAAAAAAAACCCUAAAGUAUUUUGCAGUACGGAAAGUGCUGAAUUUUCAA